AUGGCUGAUGGGCGGCCCAUCCGGAUAAGGCCUGAUCAUGGACGUAACACGUCCCCGCCGCACGAACCCGGCACCAGCCGCCGACGCCGGCGCCACCAGCGGCCGCCACCUGAGGAGGAUCAGAAGCAGGAAAUACUCAGUUUCGGCGAAGAACAGAUGAAUGGUGAAAAAAAUAUCAAUGGGGCUCUAUCAGAUGACUUGUUGUCCAACAUUUUUGACCGUGUCCCGGCCCACGAUAUAUACAAGGCAAGGCUCGUUUGCCGCAGGUGGUACGAAGUGACCCAUAGCCACAACAUUUACGCCCUUCUCUUCAAAAAAUACCGGGCCGUGUUCUCGAUGGGCACCCGAGACGGCCGGGUCGAGAUAAACAAGUUGAGGCAACAAAAAACGAGCGUGGCCGUGACCGAUUGUUCGGAACUCUGUUUAGCUUUUGCAGAAGGAGGGAAUAUUAGUGAGCUCAUCCCCUCACAUCACUCGUCAGGGGUAAUUCUUAAUCUCCCUUCACUUGUCACUCAUUCUAAAGCGACACCUAUGUAUUCAUGGGGAGUAUCAUGCGCUCGGGACUCCAUGGAUUUGAAAGUGGUGGUCUACAUUCCUCCCGAUCCAUAUACAGGCGUAAAGGUGGACGAGUUUCAUGUGUUAACCAUUGGAGAAGAUGAUGAUGAGUCGUGGAGAGUCGUGCAGGCCGAGCCUAGGGUUUUUUAUUUUUAA